AUGAACGAGAGUGGCGAGAUACAACAAGGGAAUAAGCUGGGAGAGGAUGCGAUGAUGCGCAGCCAAUCAGCUCACGGGAUACUGUACAUCCACUCGUGCUCUCAUUCGUCGAUCUCGCGCCGGGAACCAAUCACGCAACAAUGCGACCGGUGUGCAUUCAGCACGGAUCGUCCUGAACAUUUGACAAGGCACCAGAGAACACACACGGGAGAGAAACCGUUCAAGUGCACUGUGUGUGGGAAGGCGUUUUCAGAUUCAUCUGCUCUUAUAAAACACCAGAGAACACACACGGGAGAUAAACCCUUCAAGUGCAGUGUGUGUGGGAGGGCGUUUGCACAGUCAUCUGCUCUUGUAAUACACCAGAGAACACACACGGGAGAGAAACCCUUCAGGUGCAGUGUGUGUGGGAAGGCGUUUGCACAUUUAUAUACUCUUAUAAUGCACCAGAGAACUCACACGGGAGAGAAACCCUUUAAGUGCAGUGUGUGUGGGAAGGCGUUUUUACAGUCAGCUAAUCUUGUAGCACACCAGAGAACACACACGGGAGAGAAACCCUUUAAGUGCAGUGUGUGUGGGAAGGCGUUUUCACAGUCAGCUAAUCUUGUAGCACACCAGAGAACACACAUGGGAGAGAAACCCUUCAAGUGCAGUUUAUGCGGGAAGGCGUUUGCACAGUCAUCUGCUCUUGAAAGACACCAGAGAACACACACAGGAGAGAAACCCUUCAAGUGCAGUGUGUGUGGGAAGGCAUUUGCAUGUUCAUCAAAUCGUCAUUUACACCAGAGAACUCACACGGGAGAGAAACCCUUUAAGUGCAGUGUGUGUGGGAAGGCGUUUUCACAGUCAGCUAAUCUUGUAGCACACCAGAGAACACACACUGGAGAGAAACCCUUUAAGUGCAGUGUGUGUGGGAAGGCGUUUUCACAGUCAGCUAAUCUUGUAGCACACCAGAGAACACACAUGGGAGAGAAACCCUUCAAGUGCAGUUUAUGCAGGAAGGCGUUUGCACAGUCAUCUGCUCUUGAAAGACACCAGAGAACACACACAGGAGAGAAACCCUUCAAGUGCAGUGUGUGUGGGAAGGCGUUUGCAUGUUCAUCAGAUUUGACACAGCACCAGAGAACUCACACAGGAGAGAAACCCUUCAAGUGCAGUGUGUGUGGGAAGGCGUUUUCAGAUUCAUCUGCUCUUGUAAAACACCAGAAAACACACACGGGAGAGAAACACUUCAAGUGCAGUGUGUGUGGGAGGGAGUUUGCACGUUCAUCUACUCUUGUAAUACACCAGAGAACACACACGGGAGAGAAACCCUUCAGGUGCACUCUGUGCGGGACGGCAUUUGCACGGAAACAAAAUCUUCAAGUACACCAGAGAACACACACGGGAGAGAAACCCUUCAAGUGCAGUGUGUGUGGGAGGGAGUUUGCACGUUCAUCUACUCUUGUAAUACACCAGAGAACACACACGGGAGAGAAACCCUUCAGGUGCACUCUGUGCGGGACGGCAUUUGCACGGAAACAAAAUCUUCAAGUACACCAGAGAACACACACGGGAGAGAAACCCUUAAAGUGCAGUGUGUGCGGGAAGGCGUUUUCAGAUUCAUCUGCUUUUAUAAAACACCAGAGAACACAUACGGGAGAGAAACCCUUCAAGUGCAGUGUGUGUGGGAAGGCGUUUUCAGAUUCAUCUAGUCUUGUAAAACACCAGAGAACACACACGGGAGAGAAACCGUUCAAGUGCACUGUGUGUGGGAAGGCGUUUUCAGAUUCAUCUGCUCUUAUAAAACACCAGAGAACACACACGGGAGAGAAACCCUUCAAGUGCAGUGUGUGUGGGAGGGCGUUUGCACGUUCAUCUGCUCUUGUAAUACACCAGAGAACACACACGGGAGAGAAACCCUUCAGGUGCAGUGUGUGUGGGAAGGCGUUUGCACAUUUAUAUACUCUUAUAAUGCACCAGAGAACUCACACGGGAGAGAAACCCUUUAAGUGUAGUCUGUGUGGGAAGGUGUUUUCACAGUCAUCUAAUCUUGUAGCACACCAGAGAACACAUACGGGAGAGAAACCCUUUAAGUGCAGUGUGUGUGGGAAGGCAUUUUCACAGUCAGCUAAUCUUGUAGCACACCAGAGAACACACAUGGGAGAGAAACCCUUCAAGUGCAGUUUAUGCGGGAAGGCGUUUGCACAGUCAUCUGCUCUUGAAAGACACCAGAGAACACACACAGGAGAGAAACCCUUCAAGUGCAGUGUGUGUGGGAAGGCAUUUGCAUGUUCAUCAGAUCGUCAUUUACACCAGAGAACUCACACGGGAGAGAAACCCUUUAAGUGCAGUGUGUGUGGGAAGGCGUUUUCACAGUCAGCUAAUCUUGUAGCACACCAGAGAACACACACGGGAGAGAAACCCUUUAAGUGCAGUGUGUGUGGGAAGGCGUUUUCACAGUCAGCUAAUCUUGUAGCACACCAGAGAACACACAUGGGAGAGAAACCCUUCAAGUGCAGUUUAUGCGGGAAGGCGUUUGCACAGUCAUCUGCUCUUGAAAGACACCUGAGAACACACACAGGAGAGAAACCCUUCAAGUGCAGUGUGUGUGUGAAGGCGUUUGCAUGUUCAUCAGAUUUGACACAGCACCAGAGAACUCACACAGGAGAGAAACCCUUCAAGUGCAGUGUGUGUGGGAAGGCGUUUUCAGAUUCAUCUACUCGUGUAAUACACCAGAGAACACACACGGGAGAGAAACCCUUCAAGUGCAGAGUGUGUGGGAAGGCGUUUGCAUGUUCAUCUAAUCUUGUAAAACACCAGAGAAUGCACACGGGAGAGAAACCCUUCAAGUGCAGAGUGUGUGGGAAGGCGUUUGCAGAGUCAUCUACUCUUGUAAUACACCAGAGAACACACACGGGAGAGAAACACUUCAAGUGCAGUGUGUGUGGGAGGGCGUUUGCACGUUCAUCUACUCUUGUAAUACACCAGAGAACACACACGGGAGAGAAACCCUUCAGGUGCACUCUGUGCGGGACGGCAUUUGCACGUAAACAAAAUCUUCAAGUACACCAGAGAACACACACGGGAGAGAAACCCUUCAAGUGCAGUGUGUGCGGGAAGGUGUUUGCACAGUCAUCAAAUCUUCAAAGACACCAGAGAACACACAAGCAUCAGAAGAUCCACAAGGAGUGGAGUCUGAAAUCAGCUUGCGAAAGUCAAAGUGCCGCAAUGAGCCCAUCCCUCAUCAAACAAAAACCGGAAGACAAUUCCAGCUUGAACGAUUUUAAAGGUAUCGAGGUGAAACAUGAAGAGGUGAAGGUGAAAUGUGAAGAAGUGAUGGUGAAGAGCGAAGAAGUGAAGGUAAAAUGUGAAGAUGAAGAGUCAACUCCAAAAUCGGACCUUCACAUCGAUGGAGGCAACGUGAAGCAGGAGGAGAAUUCUGACUGUGAGGCAGAGCGAGGCAACUCCCAGCAGUUUGUGGAAGUGGAGGUGUGGGUGGACUUCCUCUGAGACAGUACAAAGUCAAAUGGAGACCCGGUAGAUGUAUAAGCUUGAGACGAUGUCGCUCUAAGUUAUGCACUUUUGUCACAGGCCUUUAAUGACAAGAAUGUGAAGUUGAACACUCAGUUCCGAGGUUCAACCUGCAGGGUAAGAGCAGCCAGUUCUUGUAGACCUGUGUGUUGGGUAGAUCUCUAACCAGGAGCGGGAGCCAAUAAGCUCCCAAGCAUUCACUAUGUUAUCAAUUGUAUUUAUAUGGUGCUUGCUUAAUCGCCCCGGCAAUUCGGAGUUUUGUAUCGUAUCUCGUCUCAACCACUCGAAGAGCAUCCCCAAGUAGCAGCUGCCCCUGUGUGGCACAAGGUGGUGGCCCUGCACCGGCCUACAUGUGGACAAGAGCCUGUCAGUAGGGGGCGAUGGUUGAUGUGGCAUCUCAGUUGUGGAGUUUGUAAUGUUUAGAAUUUGAUCAAUUUUGACCCAGACGCCAGCAUGCAAUGGCCGACUCGUUUUGAAUGACACAAUAGUAUGUUGUACAUACACUGUUAAGCAGACGGUGGUAUAAUUUAAAAUAGCUACUUGUUAAUAUGAUGUAACCUGAUGCAGCAUAUUUCAGUGCGUACAUGUAACAUUUUGUCUAUAAGGGUCAAACAUUGAAUAAGUCAUGUUAGGACACAGUGUGUGUUUUGAAGUAACCUGUACAGGAUCACUCAGGUGAGACUCCUUCGUGUGAUACAGGUCAAAGGGUAUUUUUGUGUUUUGAGGAAGCGUCUGCCUCUGGAGCAACUCAUUGUCUUUGAAAUAGGGAGCACACUCGGAUCAUUCAUCAGUUACAAGGCAUACCACUCAAAAGUUACACGUAGUGGAGAUACAUUCUCAACAACACGAAUUAAAAUGUUGUAUUACGUGUUGACGUAGAUGUUGUCGAAUUAGGACAAGAAAUGGUCUUUGCUGAUUAACGUCUGGAUGUUCACAACCAUAGGUUGAAGCAAGCCUGACCGCCUGCGGUGCCCCUCAAUCAUUUACGGCCUUGGGCCAGGAAAGUCACGAAAAAAAUUCACACGAACGACGCAUUCACGCAAGCACCCGAUGCUCCGUUUAGAAGUUUUAAAAUGAAACAACUUUGAAUUGUAUUAUUUUUGAAUUAGAUAAUCGUAUUUCUUCAUUAAAGCUUAUGUCAUUUUACAUCUGGAAGACUUAAUUGAAAACAACAUUUCGUGUGAAAUUUCUCUAGUCGUGAGGUAAAUGGCCUUACCGGGGUUCGGUUCAAUGCGGACUUUCACCUGGUUGGGAUCGCGGGGUGGAGAUAAGGUGACAUAGAGCUGGCCGUGCCAGAAGACCGCCGUCUGCAGAUCGAUUCCAACGCGAUUGAAUGUCUGUUCCUGCUCCUCCGUCGUUCAUGUAGGGGGCGAGUAGGUUUGCAGCGCCUCCUGCAUGAAAACGAAGGAAAGUGCAGGGUUCAUAACGGAUGAAGUUGUGUGCUUAUAUAAGAGUACUCGCGGGAAGUACCGGGCGUGAAAUUUCCCACUUUUUAACGUAAUAUAUAGGAUACUAA